AUGACCAAGAGAUCCCAAGCUAGCAAGCUGAAAAAGAAAUUGAGACAAGUAUUUCAUCGUCGACCGCGAGAUCCUCCCACGCAAAACCCUCCGACAGAAGCUCCCACACACACUGCCGCCGUCCCGGCAGAGAAACGUCCCCCGAGCUACCAUGAGCAACAUUCGGAAAUCAACGACAAGCCUUCCAGCCUGUGGGAGAGGGCGGAAAUGGUGCUAAAUGCGGACCCCAGUAAGGAGCGGCUUUUGCAAUCUGCCCACAAAAUUCUUGGCUCGGAGCUGGGCUCAGAGCUUCUACCGAUCGGAGCGCCUGGCCGACAGCAGCAGUUGAGCGAUCUAUUUGGGCGAAAGACAGGACAGCUGGAAAAGGAAAAAUGGAAGAUACAGUUUGGUGACCAUGAAGUUGUGGUUCAAGAGCUUGCGAGCAAGGUUUUUGAGGGCGUGCUGAAGGUCAAGGAGAUUAUGGCGUUGGCAGCCAGCGCCAGCCCACCGGCCUCCAUUGCCUGUGCUGGGCUGGCGGUAGUCUUUGGGCUGGCCCUCAAGGCAAACCAGCAAGAAACAACUAUGUUGCAGACACUGGACUACAAUGCGGGGUUAAUAUCCCGCUUCAAAGUCAUGGACGAUCUGUGCCGAUCGGAUUCGGCCGUGCAAUCCCCACACCGCAGCGAACUGGUGGGCAGGUUUGAGGACCAUCUGACCAAGUUAUACGCGGUGAUCCUUGAAUUCCAAUUCCGCGCACUGUGCUAUCUACGACGGAACACUGUGAUUAAAUUACUUGGCGACGCUUUCGACUAUGAGGGAUGGGCUGGAACAUUGAGCGGCAUCAAGGAACUUGAAUUCAACGCAGAAAGAGAUGCUCAGACCAUUGGCGCUGCGAACGUGGAUGGUAAACUCAACGAGAUUCUAGACACCCAGAAAUACAACCAGGCGCGGCAGAUUAUGAUGGAACGCGACGAGGCAGCCCAAAAAGCCCUGCAAACGCUUCGUGAAAAUACAUGCCCCUAUAAAGCCCGGAAAGAUCGUAACAGUGACCGCGUCCCUGGGACAUGCGAGUGGUUUACCAAUCACCGUCAAUUCCAAGACUGGCGCGGAUGUCAGGGCUCGAGUCUGCUCUGGGUGUCUGCCGAUCCUGGGUGCGGCAAGUCUGUACUGGCCAAGUACAUUAUAGACGAUUUGCUCCCAGCCACAAAGGAAUCUACAAUUUGUUACUUCUUUUUCAAAGAUGACUAUCCGGACCAGCGGACGGCGACCAGCGCACUUUGCGCACUCUUGCAUCAGAUUUUUAUAUCACAACCACAUCUUCUGCGGGAUUCGAUACUUCAGACCCUUAAUAAUGCCGGUCAGGAUUUGACAGAGUCCUUCAGCGAUCGAUGGUCAAUAUUUACCAGAGUUGUGGCGGAACCAAGUGCUGGGGCGAUAAUCUGUGUACUUGACGCUUUGGAUGAGUGCCAAGAUGAUGGGCGCGCAUAUCUAAUCAAAGCCGUGACGCGUUUCCAGACGGAGGGCUCACGGAACGGCAAUGUGGAGUUUCUUAUUACAAGCAGGCCGUAUGAUUAUAUCCACCAGGAAUUCCGAGGCGUCCACGAAGACCUUUCAACAGUCCACUUGAGCGGGGAAGGGGAAGCCGAAGUUGGACAGAUAUCUAAAGAAAUCCAACUUGUCAUUCGGAAACGGAUCGAGGAUAUUGGUCGCAGACGAGCCCUGACAUCCCAGCAGUGCAAGCUUCUCCUCGAUGAGCUCCUGCCGAUUCCCAACCAGACCUACUUGUGGGUCACUCUCACUAUGGACGUCAUCAACAGGACCCCAGGUUUCACGAGAGGCAAUAUCCGUGACGCAAUCAAGAACAUCCCCUCUACUGUUAAUGAUGCAUAUGAGAAGAUACUGAGUCAAAGCAAGGCACCCGAGAGAGCGAAAACAAUACUGCAUGCCCUUGUUGCUGCCACGAGACCAUUGUCGGUGGGCGAAAUGUCUAUGUUGAUGGCAUUCCACCAAGCUUGCCAGUCAUCAGCUGAUAUUGAGGAUUACUUGGAAUCUGAGGAAACCUUUCGACAAACCCUCCGAGAUAUCUGCGGUCUUUUCGUAAUGGUUAUACAUUCACAAGUCUACUUACUCCAUCAAACUGCCAGGGAGUUCUUGGUCAAAGUUGAACCACAUAUGCCUUCCGAUAAACCCUCUCCUACCACCACCUGGAAAGGGUCCAUCAGCCUGAAGGACUCAAACAGAUUCCUGGCAGAAGUCUGUACAUGGUAUCUAGUUUCGAAUCAGAGCCUGCGACUGGAUACAUUUGACGAGUAUUCUUCCAAAAACUGGCUUAUCCACUUCAAAGGAUGCGACAUCAAGGCCGGUGACCCAAUCACAGCCUCUGCUUCUCGCCUUUGUGGCUCCUCAUGGGAUACCCCUCUUAUGUUUGCUUAUACUUCUGGUCUCGCCCCUGUGGUGGAAUAUCUAAUCACGGUUGAAAAGAUGGGUCUAGACUCAAGAAGUCCUUCUGGUCGCACACCUCUAGCAUAUGCCGCGCAAAGUGGGGAUGUGGAUGUGGUUAAAAUGAUCCUUGAUAAUACCGUGGAAACCCCUUCAAAGAAUGUCGACUGCGCUGUCCCACUAUGCCUUGCUGUAGCAAGAAAACAUGCCAAUGUGGUUCAACUACUUCUUGAAUAUGGGGUAGACGCCAAUUUGAAGACCGCAGGUGGCCAAUCACCAAUAUCGUUGGCUGCGAAAUUUGGUGAUGAGAGAGUGAUGGGAAUUCUUAUCAAGCAUGGGGCAGAUAUUAAUAUAAGAGACAUAAGUGGUAAAACACCUCUCUCUCUUGCUGCAGGGCCAGUCCGUAAAUUGCUUCUUGACAAUGGGGCACACGCUGACUGA